UGCCGAUAGAGAAACGGAAGUCGCAUUCUGCAUGUUACCGUGCUUCCCUUGCUUAGAAUAUCGCUGAGAACGGUUUUGUCGUUAUGCCUUGCUCUUGGUGCGCGUCGUAAGGCCUUGUUUGCAAAAUGAUCGCGUGUACGAAGCGUUACGAAGCCUGCGUUUGUCGAGGUUGUUCUUGCGAUGGCUCUGGCAUACCGCUUUCUUCCUUGGAUCGCAUUCUCUAAGAGCAGCGUCGUAUCAAGGAUGCUGAACGUCGUGCCGAACUUAAGCUAGAUAAAUCUUAACGCUGUCUGGAAGAAGCCUAGCGCGAGUUGUCCGAAAAGCUUGCGCGGCUCUGGCGUCUUUGUCAGCAAAAGGAGUUUUUGGUAGAGAAAGGUGCCGACAUGGUGGCGUGUGGUCUGUCGACCUUGGACGAGUUGGAGGAGGUUGAGCGGCAAGAGACGCCUGCUAUACCCUCGUCACAGAUUAAUGAUGCCGUCGAUACUGUCGACUGGGGCGCUGUCUUUGGUUCUGUCCCGGGUUUUCCUUUGGUCGAUCCGGAUUCUGCCGGUGGAACUGUUCCAGUUUCUUAGGGCAGUUCAAAUU